AUGGAGAAAGAGCUUCAGAAACUUGAAAGAGAUUUCAAAAGUGCGUAUGCGAAACUUGCAAUCGGGAAUGAACAAAAAGUUUCUGAAGUUCCGGCAAAAUAUUCAGCUAUUCGACAGGAAGUUGAACAGGCAGGAACGACUUUACAGAAAAAAGUUGAAGAGAAAGUUAGAAAACUAAACAUGCAAAUUGAAGCCAUGGAAAUGGAGCAUCUUGAUUGCGUAAGAGACAAUAAAAUAAAAAUCGAUAAAGUUAUUGAAAAUAUUGAAGAAACUAAAUCUGAAAUUUCUAGACAAAUCUCUGACCCUAAAUGCUUAGCUACAUACUGCGUCAAGGAAUAUCCCUUUGAAAACUGUCCGGACUUAAUGGAACGGAUUCCUCCGGUUUUCAAACGAUCUGAGAAUGAUCUCAACUGUUUAGAAUUCUUAGGAAUGUUGACUCCAUCUAAAAAAGUUAGCAUAUCUAAACUUCAAGAGGAAAAAACAGUCAGUGAAGAUGAUGAUAAGAAGAGGAAAUCCAUUGAAUUGCUGGAACACGCAAACCAAAUACAAAAGUUUGACACAGUCUAUGGAUAUAUUUUCGACCUAAUGUUUACAGCGAAUGAUACUAUACUUGUGUGUGGUACUUACAGAAUCAUAAAGAGUUUCACAAUUCGUGCUCUAGAUUUCUGUGGGAAAGAAGUUAUGUCAAUACCUGUUCAAAAUCAACUAAAGUAUCUUUCACAAGCAAACGACAAAACAAUAUUUUACACAUCAGAUAGCAUUCAGGGUGUACACAGGAUUAAGAAUGGAACUACAGAAACUAUUGCUUUAGACAAUUCUUGGAAACCAAACGGCGUAACCUGCAGAAGUUCUGGAGAUAUUAUCGUAGCUGAGGAGCAUAACGAAAACAAAAGUCUAGGACGUUUGAGUAUCUAUACAUUGGACGGUGAAAAGAGGAAAGUCAUUGGCUCAGAACAUGGUCUCGUAAAGCCCACAUAUGUUUGUGUAAACAUAAACUCAGAUAUAUGUACCUCAGAUGAAGACUAA